AUGGCUCUGGCGCCGGCGCCUCUCCAGUGCUUCCUCACGGGCAGCAGCAGACCGGUGUGCACGGCAACGCUGCCCAAGCACGCGAGGAGGCCGUCGAAGAUCUCGUGCAAGGCGGGCGGCGAUGACAAGGACAAGGUCCCGUCGGGAGGGAAUGAUCUUGGGAUCAAGCUCGGGAAGCUGGCGAUGAUCGCGUUAGCCGCCGGCGUGCUGGCGCUCGGCCCCGUCGACAGCGCCAUGGCGGCCAAGUCCGGCGGCAGGGUCGGCGGGCAGGCGUUCCGGUCCGCGCCACGGUCGUCCGGCCCUCGGAUAAACAACUCCAGGACGAACAUCUACAUCAACCCGCCGGUGGCGCCGCCUCUGGGCGGGUACGGCUACGGGGUCCCGUUCUUCGGUGGCUACGGCUACGGCUGGUCGCCGUUCAGCUUCUUCGCCCCCGGGCCGAGCGUCGCCGUCGGGGUCGGCGGCGGCUUCGACACGCUCGUCCUCUUCUUGGUGCUGGGCGCCGUCGUCGGUGCUGUCAGGCGGUUUCUCAACAGGAACAACGAUGAUUACGACGACUACUGA